CACCACACGGUCUGUUCAAUACAUUGCCAGGUCUUGUUACAAUACGUUAUCAUCAUGACCGCGAAAAGUGCUUUUAAAUGGUCUCUUAUGCUAAUGGUAGUUUGUUUCACAAGAACAUGCUUUGCAGGUGACGUGGAGAUGGUUAUGGCGUUAAUAACAUCACCCGAUAGUUUGGAUUUAAUCAGUUAUUCUACUACAACAACCACCACACUUACAGUACAAUUUGGAGUCGGGCAGCAUAACGGAGGUGUCGCCGUCACAGGGGUGACGUCAUAUUUCAAAAACGAGGGGGGCGACGUGGUAUCCAAUGCGGUAGCGAAUGCAGGAACCGCUACCGCUGCUGCCGACGUCGGGGAGAUCCUAAAUGUUGAAAUGCCGGUAAUUAUAGACGUCGACGACGGAGCAGAAUGCAACGAUUUUGUUUAUCUGUGUUUCCAGGUUGUGUACGAUGCCGCCGCAGACGAUGACGUCAGUAAUGACGCACUUUGUUUAGACAUCGGCAAUGGCACAAACAACGGCGGUCUAAUACAGUGCCCAGAUGUAGAAUUGUUGACGUUUGAAAUAACUGAAUUGACCAGCACAACCAUCGAUUUCGAGGCCACUUUAAAGCAGAAUGACGGCGGUGUUGAUGUAGAUGGGUUCAGCGUCGUCUUCUCAAGUAAUGCACAAGAUGUGACGUCAUCAGUGUACACCGCUUCUGUCUCUGCUACUGCAGAGGACGAGUUCAUGAGUGGUCAGGUUACAGUCACGAUUCCGGACAACGCUGACUCUCAGUGCGAAGAAUACACGCAGGCGUGUUUCACCCUGACCGUAGACGUUACCCAGGACACUGACCACACAAACGACAUAGUAUGCGUUGACCUGGAAGCGGAUGCUCUGGACUGUGACGCCGGUGUGGUGAUGGUACAACUCAAUGUGUUGCUAUUCGUUGGAAGUUUACUGGCUGUAUUAUUGGUGAACAGAAACUAG